UCCCCCCCCUUUUUUUUUGUGUGUGUGUGUGAACCUUCCUUGCACCCUGAGCAGUUUUUUUGUGUGUUAAGGUACAGUGUUUGUUAUGUUGGAAUUUGGAAACUAGACUAACAAAGCUGUCAACCAUGUAUAGCAUGCACCCUGACAUGUUAGUACUAGGCAUUGUUUCAAAGUACAUGGAUCAGGAAUGCAUCAUUUCUAGUGAUAUCACUUAAUGUGAAGGUGCCAAAAAACAUUGUUAUUGUUCUUUUAGAAGAGUAAUUUUGCGCACUUCACUUUUGUGAGUUUGCUUUUCCAUAUAGAAUUACCCAAGAAUUGGACUUAACUUCUAAGCAUGUUAUGCUUGCUUAUUCUCAUGCUGGUUUAUGGAUAGAACUUGAAGGAAUGGAAUAUCCCUAAAGAACUAUCUAUGAAUAGAAGCUCGUGGAAGUUAGCAAUCCACGUGUCAGAGCCAUAACUUAUGCAUCAGUCUCCUUGUACCGUUAUUACUUUUAUUUUUUACUAUUAAUAGUGCCUUUAUUAUUAUUAUUAUUAUUGUUUUCCCAUCAUCUUUUUAGUUGAAUCUCGUGGGUUUUAUCCCCAGCCUACCCCAACUUGUUUGGGACAAAGGCUUUGUUGUUGAUACUCAUGCUAGUGCGUGUGUAAUCACUGCCUAGUGUCUACUGCAUUCAGCUAAUCAUAAAAUUACAUUAUUUUCAUAUGUUUCCUUCUUGUUCUUGGUGUUCAUGAUUGUUUGGUUCCUUAUUAGUUCCGAUUUGUCUCAUACUUUUUUUUUUGCUCUCUUUAGAGCUUCUGUUUUGGAACUUGGAGCUACUCAGUAACAAACGUUAGCACAGUGAAAUACUUUUUCUUUAAUCUUUUGAUGUAUACAGUAAUACAAUAGCUUAGGAAAAAAUAUCCUUGAAAAGCGAAAAAUGGUUGUGCCAUCAGGGAACAUUUUUAUAACAUCGUUCCAUAUAUUUUUUGAGUGAAUUGCACAAAACUAUAAGUAUUGUGUUAUUUGUAACACAAAACUACAAGUAUUAUGCACCAAUUUCACACAAACCCCGAUUUUAAUUUAAUUUAUUCAGAAAAUGGUCUUAUGUUUCUCCAAAAUUCUUAGAACUUUUUGUAUGUGUUCUAUAAUCCAUGUGGAACCCAUUUUAAUUGGAUUCACCCAAAAAGCAUGUGUAUAAUUUAAACUAAAAUUCUCCAAAUAUGCUACUUUUAUAACUCCUAACAAUUAUUACAGCCUCAAAUAAAAUCCCAAAAACCUGAGGAAAUUCACUAAUAUUCUUCUUAUAUGAUGGACUAAUUUAUCAAAUUAUUUUCAGCCUUAGGUUAUAUGUUGAACAAGUAAGUUCCUUUGUAAGUAUAUAAAUGGAGCAUUACAAAGGAUCACUUUUUCACCAUAUAACAUAGGGAUAGAAAUAAUUUUAGAAAUUGUUACAUCAUAUAGUAAGAAUAUUAGUGAAUUGUUCCAGAUUUUUGGGAUUUUAUUUGAGGCCCUGACAAUUGUUAGGGUUUAUAAAAGUAGCCUUUUUUGGAGAAUUUUAGUUUAAAGUCUACACAUGUUUUUUUAUGAACCCAAUUAAAAUGGGUUGCACAUGGAUUAUGGAACACGUACAAAAAGUUCUAUGAUUUUUUUGAGAAAUAUAAGACCACUUUUUUGGUGAAUCCAAUUAAAAUCGGAUUUUGUGUGAAAUUGGUUCACAAGUUUUAUGUUACUAAUCACAAUACUUAUAGUUUUGUGUUACAAAUGGCACAAUACUUAUAGUUUUGUGCAAUUCACUCUAUAUUUUUCAUAAGGUCCCUUCUCAAGUUGGCUGUUUUGAGAAUAAGUGCACCACUUGUUCAACUAUCCAGUAUGGCAAUAUCCAUUAAUUUGAUGUCUGCCGCAGUCUAUGUCACCACUGAGGUGGCAAUCUGGAGUAAUUAAACUAUAUUCCUUCAAUAGCAAUUUCAGUUUGAAAAGAAAGAAUAUUCCAAACAAUUUGUGAACCUCCCAAUUCAUUGUAUUCUUGUAUUCUCACAAGUUGUGAGCAGAAUUUUCCAUUUCAACAGGAUAAGAUAUGGAUGAAUUUUCAGUGGAUAUGAUCUGUUGCUGUCAACAGUUUGGAGCAACAUAAGAAUGUGCUUCAAAUUGUUGGACAAUCUGUCAUCAUCUGAAUUGUGAAGAAUUUCAUUUUAUAUUAACCAACGCCUAUUCUAGUCAUGUUUACUACCUAGCUGAGGAUCCUGAAAGGAAGUUUACUAAGUAGUUCACGCCUUGAAGUUCAAAUAAAUGUUACUUUGUUACUUCAGUACAGUAGAAUUUUAUUCUUAUGUAAUGCUUUGAUGCAAGAAAUCUGUUUUUAUAAAAUUGAAGUUGAAACUAUUCUUUUCCAAAUUCAUAUUGAUGUUGGCAUUAAACUAAAAUUUAACAUUGAUAAAAUUGUUAUCAGUGUCAAAUCAAUUUAAAUCUACACUUGUUACAUGUUUGUAGUCAUCAUAUAGUUUGAAAGUUGAAAUCUGUCAUUCGAGAAUGUCAUGUGGAGCCAUUUUGCAGUUGUUCUAUAUGUAGAACUUGCCUGUGAUGUUUAUGUUUCCAGAUACUUCAAAGUAUAAUUCUUAACUUUUAUCCUUGGAAAUUAUACUCUACUCCCAUUUAUUUUGGAUUCUUUUGGAAUUUACCUUUCCAUUAUAGUUGCAUAUUGCUCUAGAAUUUCGUUCCCAAAUUUUUUUGUGAUCAAAUAGGAGCUUAGUGAAAAAGAAGCUGGGAAUAAUUCCAUAGGCCAAUCUGGCAUCUUUUCGUGCAGUCCCUCUUAACAAGGUUAUGUGCUGGUUCAAAUGGGGUUUAUAAAUUUCAGAUGCCUUUUCUUCCUUUCUGAAACAAAAUAGUUCAGAUCCCCACUUAAGAUAUGGAAUGCAUAAUCAUAUAUUAUAUUAGUCUGUGACAGAUUUGAGUUUCCCUGUUCUAUUUAAGAGACAGGCCUCUAGGAUUGCCUAUUGUUUUGACUUAAAAGUUCGCUGAGUGAUAAAACAAUAGCAUUUGCUGUGCCCUCAACAUAUUCGAGGUGCUAUCUUUUUUUUUGUUCGUCCAAAGAUUUCAGAUGCAAAACAAGUUGAUUUUGGCAGGCCUGUAGCAGGUGACAAUCUGCCAAUUCUAUACUACCUUAUGUUAAUGGGCAAAAAAACCUGAGCUGUAUACAGAGUGCAAUGUUAUAUCAGAGAAAGUUGAAGCAGCAACAGUUUAGAUGCCUUGCAUGCACAAAUUUUCUUUUUUACUUGUCUAUUUUAGCAAACUCCACGCCUCUGUCAAUUCGAUAGUCUCCAUAGUUCAUAACUGUUUCAUUAUUGUAUAUGGUGAUGCUUUUUUUUUAUUUGUGCAAUAUAUCGCCGCAGUGUACAUAGUUAUUUCUUUCAGGAUUCCAUGCUUUUCCCUCACAGUACUGUAGUUUUGCAGCUUCAGCAUUUAGACAGCCUUGCUUGAAAUCAUCAAUAUUUGGAUCAGCACCAUGUUUCUUUGGUAAGAUAUUGCCCAAGGGUAUUCAUGCAGCUAUUCCUGUGACACCGUUAAUUGGGGCUAUUGAUGUGCUGAAUGCCUUCAAAGAUGAAUGAGGGAGUUGUGCUUAACCCUACUUUCUUACCAAAUACAUCAAAUGCAUUUGAUGCGUCACUUCAGUCCUCACUGUCUUACUGGAGUCAACAUGUAAUGCGUGCACACAUCAAUAAACUAAUGGAUGUAGAAAGAGACUGAUGAGUUUCAUACGUCAGGGAAAAAGAGGGGUCUGGUUGAAGAUACUGGAAGAUCAAGCUGAUCUAGUUCCUAUUGCAAUAAAGGCAAGGUUCAUUUAUCAUCAUGCAGAACCAGGGUAUGUGAUGCUAACUUUCUGGCUUCCAGACAGGCCUUCUGCUCUGCCUUCUACUGCAUUGCAUCAAAUUGGUGUUGGAGCAUUUGUCAUGAAUGACAAAAGAAAGUUUGAACACCUAUUUUCUGGAGCCAUAAGGGAAGUUAGAGAAGAAACUGGGAUAGAAACUUCUUUCCUGGAUGUGGUUGCAUUCAGGUAUAUAAAAAAAAACUCAAUUAAGUCAUGUGAACCUUUUCGCCAAGCAUUUCUUUUCGAGAAAUAUUUUGUGAUUUUACUCUACUCAUACAGGCAUGCACAUCGAGUCCCUUUUGAGAAAUCAGAUAUACUCUUUCUUUGCACCCUCAAGCCAUUGUCAUUUGACAUCUCAAUUGAUGAGUCAGAGAUUGAAGCAGCAAUGUGGAUGCCAAUUGACGAAUUUCUCAGCCAACCGAUCCAUCAAGAGGAUGAAAUGUGCAAGAAAAUAAUUGACAUCUGGAUUGCUAAACAUCAGAAGUGUUACGAAGGGUUCGCUGCUCAUCAGGUGAUGUUGAAGCUCGACAACAGGGUUGCUUAUCUUUACUUUGGGGAUACCAGUGAAGUAACCGGACUUGUGCCUGAGACGAAACCGAAUGAAGAAGAGACCGAAGGAGUCUUCCCAACAGGGGAAAGAGGUCCUGUCGAAAUAUUUGGUAGAAAUUCGACUAAUUGACAAGUGUUGCCAUCAUAUGGACUAAUGCAUUGCGCAGGCAGCAAUCAGCUUUAUAUCAGUUAAAGAGCAUAGCAUGUAUCGGUCAACUGUUAUGAAUAACACUUGUAUUGAAUACACCUAUGGGCAAUAUAUAGAGUGCAUUAGUGCGUGACAGAAAAAGAAUAUACUAAUGAAUAUGUCUCCUUACAUACAAGGGAUUCUAUAUUUUCUAAUAUUUUUUUAAAUAUAA